AUGUGGCGUCCGAGUAUCUUAAAUCUAGUGUGGAGCACCCUGAUUUUGGCUAUGAUUCUUCCACAAUCGCAAGGCCAGCGAUCCACCAUAUUUUACAACUCGCGGCAGCAGAUCAAGGAUAUUGGCGAAACCGUAGAAUUCGAUUGUUCGGUUCAGUAUGUCAAUAGGUACAUUGCUCGUUUUCUAAAAAUGGAAAGUGCUCCCGUUCUUUUGUCCACGGGCUCCAAGCUGGUUAUCAAGGACUCGCGCUUCUCACUGGACUACGAUCCCAAUUCCUUCACCUACAAGCUGAAGAUUAGGGAUAUCCAGGAGUCAGAUGAAGGAACGUAUGCCUGCCAGGUGGUGACAUCCACUGUCCACAAAGUCAGUGCCACGGUGAAGCUAUUGGUGAGACAACCUCCGGUUAGCCCGGAUAACUCCACGGUGGAAUAA